UUUGAAAAAUACGCAGUUUUCAUUCUGUUCGCGAGCUUACUGCUUGUCUGUUCGUUUAUUGCAGUGUGUAAUUUGAAAGAGAAAUAACAAAAUAUCCUGUUGCCCAGUUGUUGUCUUUGUUUUUAUUUAACAUUUGCUACGUCAAAUAAAAUUUAAAUUGUGUUGAUUUUGUGGAGAUUUAAAUUUAAAAUAUUCAUCGGAAUUCGGAUCUGGGGAAAACUACCAACUCGAAAAAACGGUUAAUUUUAUACAAAAGAAAAAGAUCUGUGAAAAAAUUCAAUUUCCUCAACAAACUUUUCUCUCUAUUUACCGAACGAAAGAGAAAAAGUGCAACAUAGCAUAGAAAAUCAGAAACGCAAAAGAAUAAAGAACACAUUUUUAUAAAUUUAUUUACAUUUUUCUGCGCUGCGCUGCGUCUGCCCUACGUAAACGUACGCCCCUCAGGCCUCAACAGUCGGUAUCCCUCGUUCACGUUGUUGGAAUUGGAAUAAAUUCCUAUUGCCAUUUUUUUUCUGGUCUCCCAUCUCGCCAAAGAAAUUAAAAUUAAUUGCUAGAAAUAGACAAGUUUUUCGUUUUGUUUGUGUCCACACUCAGACUCAACCGAACGAGGUGAAAACCUGUUUCUAUCCCACGGUCCACGGCGGAAAAGGGAGUGAAAAGAGUUUCUGUGAAAGAAGAAAACAGGUCUAAUAAGCCAAAAUCAAGAUGACCUCAACACCACCAAAGACUGGUGAAGAUUUGCUUGGCGAAUCAUGGAUUGAAAAAUAUUUUAUAUUUCCUUUUUUUUUAUUUUAGAAUCAUGGAUUGAAUUAAGCACCGCUGCCGCAAUGGCUGGUGUUAAGAGUCCCGACAGAAUAACACCAUUACCAUUUUCAUCGGGUGAAGAGUAUUUGAGACUUUUGCGUGAAGCACAAAGAGAAUCGAAUCAAUCGAGUCGUGUUGUUUCUCUUGCCAGUUCCAGACGUGAUACCCCUAGGGAUAGUCCAAAAUCACCACCAAACAGUCCAAAUACAGAACUUUGUCCUGAUGAAGAUCUCAAACAUGUAUACAUCAAUUAUUGGAGCAAAGAGGGUGAAGCGCAAAAAGACACAGAUUGGUUUGGUGAAUGGAGUAGUCGACCUGAUCAACAACCUCCAAAAGAUUGGAAAUUCGAGCAUCCAAAGAAGAAAAGCGCUGGCUAUUCUAUUCGUUUGACUCGUUUGGGUAAAAAUUCUCUAUUCUCCAGGGAAAUCCUUUAUUCGCUUAUAUUGAGCAAUGUCCUCUCACUCCUUUUGGGAGCUGGUUUAGGAUUAUGGCUAAGCAAACGUGGCAUUCUCUUCACAAGAGUUGUUAUUGACUGAAUUUUUAAACGAAUGAAUUAAAAAUAAAAUAUUCGAAAGAAAAAAGAAUAAUAAACAAUUUAUAAACAAAACACACACAUAAAAUAUGCAUAUUAUCAUUCAAAGUAAUUAUAAUUAUUUACUACAAUUUUCUAUUAUUCUCCUUAAAACUAUAAAACAAAUGAAAACAAAACAAACAAACAAAAACAAGCUAUAAUUUUAUUUAGUGAUAAAUAUAAAAAGAAGCUCGAAGGGAGAAAAGUGAGCAUUUGUAUGGUUCCAAGUUAACCGGAAAACGGAUACCAACUUAUAUAAUAUUUCUAUUUUAUUACUUUUGAUAUAUAAAUAUAUGAAAUAAACAACAAAAAUCGAUAGAAUUUAAUAACAUUAUAAUAAUAUAAAACAUUUAUAAAAAAAUAAUUUAAGAUGUAUUUAAAUUAAUUUUGUUUGAAUGAAAAAAAAAAAACAAACAAAAAAUAUUAAAUUAAUUGAAGUUAGUAACUGCUUUUUAUGAACAGUUUAAAAAAGAAACAAAAAAUUUGAUUGAUUUUAUUUCUUUGUUUAAUUUAAUUAAAAAGAGAGGAUACACGUAAACGUUAAAAGGAAAGAAGGAGAUUCUCAAGCAACUGUAUAAGCUUCUUAUAAAAAUUGAGAUGUCUAAAGAUUUAUUAUUAAUUUUUUUAUUUAAACAAAAUUUAAUUUUUCUUCUUUUUUAAGUAUUUCUUGUUUGCUUUUGUUAUGAUUAUUACAGCUUUUAAAAUAUAUGAAAGAAAAAGAAUGUAUAAAUAAAUUAUUAUAGGAAUCAAAACAAAA